AUGGCGUCCAGCUUGGCGGAGGACCUGGAGUGUGCCAUCUGCCUGGCCAUCUUCCAGGAGCCCCACACGCUGAGCUGCGGCCACAAUUUCUGCCUCUCUUGCUUGCAGGGCUGCGUGCCCGAGGGCCGGGGCGAGGGGACGUGUCCCGAGUGCCGCCUCCCCUUCGAGCUGCGGCAACUCGCGUGCAACCGGGCUCUGGCCAGCGUCGCCAGCAAAGUCCGUCGGCUGAAACUCGACCGGGAGCCCCUGCCCGGGACCGCGCAUUACUGCGCGGAUCACGACGAGCCGCUCAAGCUCUUUUGUCGCCAGGAUCGCGUCCCCAUCUGCGUCAUCUGCCGGGACCUGCCCCAGCACCGAGGGCAUGAAUUCCUGCCGACCCAAAAUGCUUUGGAAUACGCGCAGGGAAAAUUAAAACCAUGCCUGGAGGCCCUGGAGGAACAUCUUAAAAACACAGUUGAAGAUGAAUCUUACCAGAAGAAAGAAAUUACAGCACUGGAGGGGUUCACUGAAGACAACUUAAGCUACGUUUCCGGAGAAUUUAUGGUUCUUCACCAGAUUUUGAAUGAAAAAGAACAAGAUAUUAAGAAGACUGUUCAGGAGAUGAAAGAUAAGAACUGGGAGAAAAUGAAGGAUGCCUUAAGCUCUCUGAAAGAGGAAAUACUGUCAGAUACAGAGAUUAUUGCCAAAAUCAAAGCAGCGUUAGAAGCUACAGACCAGGUGGCAUUCCUCAAGGUAAGCAUCAUGUCCGUCAGAAAUUCAGCUGGAGGGGAAUGA